AUGUCAGCAGCUAUCAGACAACAAGCCCAGAACUGUGGCAGCUGCAAAGAGCAUAAGCCACGCAACGCAAGACUUCCCAUGAUGAGUCACGAGAUUCCUACCCUGCCUUGGGAAACGCUGGGAGCUGAUCUUUUCUACCACGCUGGAAGUGAGUACAUUGUCGUCGUUGAUUAUUACUCCUUCUACUUCGAGAUACAGCAACUAAAGACAACGACAGCGAAAGAAAUUAUCUCGUUUUUGACAGAAACCUUCAGCACGCACGGCAUUCCUAGUAAGCUUAUCACCGAUAAUGGGCCACCUUUCAGCAGCAACACGUUCAAGGAGGGGAUGAAGAUUCUUCAAGUGACUCGUGUAACGUCGAGCCCGCAUUAUCCCCGAACCAACUGA